AUGGCCGAUUCAUUUGCGAAAAUCUCGUCAAUUAUUGAAUCGGCACGAGACAUCACGAUUGAGGCUGCAGUGAGCGCUUCAACCAGACUCACCGAGACUCCAACGGCGAAGAGACCCCAAGAAAUAGCUAAGCUUCUCAGUUCAAGACUUGAUCGCGAAGUGCUCAAUGGCAUGAAAUGUGUCAUGACGCUCAUUUCGAGCGGUGAAGAUGGCCUGAUGUAUUUUGCUGAUGUGGUCAAAAACGUCACUCUGACCAACGCGCGCGUACGUGCGCUCGUGAUGAUGUACGUCGAGAAGUACGCCGAAAGUGAACCUGACACGGCGCUUCUUUCAAUCAAUUCUGUGCAGAAGUCCCUAAACGACAAAGCUCCGAACGUGCGCAGUGCCAGCAUACGGACACUUGGUGGAAUAAGAAUCCCUGAGAUCGCAUCCUUGUUGCUUUUAUGCAUUAAACGGACACUAUCAGAUCGUCUGCCAGAAGUCAGGUCCGCCACUGCGUUGGCGAUAGGAUCUGCAUUCACGAUUGAUGGCAUCGACCAACUCAAGCUUCUAGGAUAUCUUGCCUCUUUAAUGGCAGACUCUUCGCCGCUUGUGGUAGGAACUUCAGUUAAAGUCUUUGUUAAGUUGAAGCCCAGCUUCUUAAAGCUCCUGCGCACUAAAACUUGGGCGCCAGUGCAUGCAAACUACAGACUGUAUGUUCGAAUGCUCCCAGAUCUCGAAGAUUGGAGCUGGUCUCUUCUCACAGACCUUCUAGUGGAAUACUGCCGCAGUUUUGUGCCUAGACCAUCCCUCGUCUUGCCUGAUGGCUCGCGAAUGGACGUACCCGAGGACUUUGGUGCAUUUCCUAGCGAAUACCAAUGUGAGAUGGACUCAGACUUAGAAAGAUUUGUGAUGGGCAUUUCUUCAGCGGCUUACAGCUCUUCCCCUUUAGUUGUCCUCUCUGCCGUUCGCGCUUUAAUUCUGGUUGCAACACCGGCACAUAUAAUUGAAUGCGGCUUCCCCAAAAUACUAGUCAAAAUGAUGUCGGAGUCAUCUAGCGAGCCAGAAACUCUACACAUUUUGCAGCUCAUUUCUAAGCUUACCGCAUACAUGCCGGAAGCUUUCCAGGACUACGCUCGCAAGUUUUUUCUACAUCCCCAUGACUCCACCGCCGUCGCUUCGUGUAAGCUUCAUAUUCUUCUGAUCAUCUUUCAUGAAGAAAUUGCUGGGUUGAUAAUUAGGGAGCUCCAAUUCAACGCCACUAGCUACAGGCGAGAAAUAGCGCAGAGCGCCGUUAAAGCCAUCGGCUUUUGUUGUCAAAAGUCUACCGACUGGAUUGAUCUUAUUCUUCAGUGGUGUAUUCUGGAAAUGGAAAAUGAGUCUGCCAGUUUAAUCCUUGCUGACUUGUUGAAGGUAGUACGCUUUCUUUUGCAACAAAAGCAAAAUCUGCUUCUGCAUAACGAACAAGUUACUAGGACCAUCUACCGUCUAUCCUUGGUGCUACAAAACGCCAAUAUUCACCUUAAUGAGGAGGCCAAAUCUAGUAUCAUCUGGACGAUAGGCGAAUUCACCGAAGUAACGCAAAACGUCAUUGGACCAGAUGUUCUCCGUCAAGCACUAAAGACUUAUGCUCAAGAGACAGAAAAGGUGAGGUACGAAAUCUUGCUUUUAGCAGCGAAAUCUUAUCUGUUUGAGAUUCAAAACAUGAAUGUCGGACCCGGUGUCCAAGAGACUCCAUCAGUCUUAAAAAAGAUGUUCGAGUAUGUGAUGCAUCUAGCGCGAUAUGACAUAUCCACAUGUACAAGAGAUAAGGCGAGAAUGCUCGAUGAGUUAUUUCGCGAUGUCUCAAAUCACCAAUUGGCAUAUUUAUUCAUGCAAGCGCCAAAGGCUGUGCCUCAGAUAGCAGGAGAGAUAAAAAGUUUUGCUUUGCUCACUCGCUACAUGAAAACACCCGCGUGGGCUGACGUUUCCACCCUUCCACCUACAUCAAUUAGAAAGGAAUCAGGCAGAUCUAAUCUGUCUUUGACAAGCUACAAGAACGAUUUACGUAGCGGAAUCUCAAAUAGCGCAAUCACAGACUCUGCAAUGGUAACAACACCAAUAGCCUCAGCAGCAGGCAUUCGCUCAAAUUCCAAUCGUUUACAAAGUCUUGACGAGUUCUUUGGUGACGAGGAUGAGAGCGAAGAAUCCAGUAUCAACGAGAGUGACGCUGAUCGGUCGUCGGCUACUGAGUUGUCGGCUUCUGAGUCAGAAAGUGAAUUAGACUCUGAUUCGGAGUCAGAAAACCUGCUGAUAGAUCAGUAG